CCAUUUUCCUGUAAACAAAUAUCAAUCAAUCUCAAACAAAAUUUCGAAAUUUUCAUUUUAAAAAUUCACGCAAUCUUCCAAUAUGAACCAGACACAAUACAAGGUGGCAGACUCAAAACGAGAAGAGUUUCGAAAAUAUCUCGAAAAGGCUGGAGUCCUAGAUGCCAUCACAAAAAUUUUGGUAUCUUUAUAUGAAGAGCCAGAGAAACCAACUAAUGCUCUAGAAUAUUUAAGCAAGUUUUUACAGAGUGGGCCUCCUCAGACUGCAGAUAUUGAGGAGCUGAAGUUGAAUCUGGAACAAAUGCAGCAAAUAAAUGCACAAUUGACGAAAGAAAAUGAAGAAUUGCGACAAAAACUUCAACAAUACGAGCCAGCUGGUGAUGACCAAGCACCACAAGAAAGUUAAUACAAAGUUGAUAUAACAUAAAGACUUAAUGUGUAUAUUUAUUAUCAUUUUAAAAUGCUCUUGCUAGAUUGUAUGAAGAAGUAAUUUUUUGUAAUAAUCAUGUUUGGUAAAUAUGUUUAAAAACACUUUGUUAUUGUAGAUGUACAGUUAUGAAUUUGUGUCUCACUUUUUUCCACUUUGUUAUUUGUGAAAGAAUGGUUCAAACAUGCAAUUAAAACUCACCUUCUGAUGAUGCAUACAUUGUCUUGCAG